AUGCAGCAGCAUCAGGGCUACAGACCCAUCCCGAAAAACUACCAGCAUGUUCUUGCCUUCAUCUUUGCCAUGCAAGAGAUCAACAAGAAUGCCAGAAUCUUAUCCAACAUCACGUUGGGAUCAACAUUUUAUGAGAAUGCUUUUAAUCCUUUGCGAACUUGUGGAAACACUCUUGCUCUUCUAUCCAUGGGACAACGAAAUCCCCCCAAUUACCACUGUAAUGGGGAAGAUAAAUUAAUUGCCAUCGUUGGAGGGCUCACCUCCCAAAACUCCCUUCAGAUGGCCAAUAUAUUAAGCACCUACAAGAUGCCACAGCAACCCAGCAACACCACCACCAAUAUCUUCUACUCCCCCUUCUUGCAAACUGUCUGUGCCUGCUCUAACUAUCUCAGUGAACUCUUCUUGGAGAAUGGGGACUGGACCUGCCCCCUCCUGAAGACUGCCAAACUCAGAUUACAGCUCAGCUAUGGCUCCUUGGAUCCAGUGCUGAGUGACCAAAGGAACUUCCCUUCCUUCUUCCAAAUGGUCCCCAAUGAAGAAGCUCAGUAUGAUGGCAUUGUUUGGCUACUCAGGAAGUUUGGGUGGAACUGGAUUGGCCUCCUUGUUUCAGAAGAUGACAGUGGAGAAACCUUCCUUCGUAACAAUCUAAUUGAAACAAGUUGGGAACCCUGCUCUGGGGAGGAGAAGCUGGAGAAACUCCCUGGACCUGUGUUUGAAAUGGAAAUGUCCAGCCAGAGCUACACCAUCUACAAUGCCGUCCAUGCUGUAGCACAUGCUCUCCAUAGCAUGUAUUCAUCAACAGCCAAACAGAAAGUACUGGGCGAGAGAAGGAUGCAGCAAAAAGUUCAGCCCUGGCAGCUCCAGUCCUUCCUGAAAAACAUCCACUUCAACAACAGUGCUGGGGAAGAAAUCUCUUUUGAUGAGAAGGGGCAGCAGGCAGGUGGCUAUGAUCUCCUCAACUUGGUCACAUUUCCCAAUGAGUCCUUCCAGAGAGUCCGAGUGGGGAGGGUGGACCCUCAGGAACCCCCAGGAAAAGAGUUCACAGUGGAUGGAAGUGCCAUUGCAUGGAAUCCCAAGUUCAAGCAGAAGCUGCCCGUUUCCACCUGUGUUGAGAGCUGCCAUCCUGGACAGAGUAUGUUUACGCAGCAGGGAAAGCAAAUCUGUUGCUAUGACUGUGUUCAGUGCCCUAAAGGGAGGAUUUCAGUCCAGAAGGAUGCAGAUCAGUGUGAGAAGUGCCCAGAUGAUCACUACCCAAAUGCCUUUCAGGACCAAUGUAUUCCAAAAACAAUCAGCUACCUAUCCUAUGAGGAGCCCUUGGGGGCGAUUCUGGCUUCCUCGGCUCUCCUGCUUUCCCUGGUCACACUUGUUGUGAUGGGGACCUUCGCUCUGCACUGGAACACUCCCAUUGUCAAAGCCAACAACUGGGGCAUCACCUGCACCUUGCUCUCUUCUCUGCUGCUCUGCUUUCUCUGCUCCUUCUUAUUCAUUGGCAGGCCUACAAAGGUGACCUGUGUCUUGAGGCAAACCGUCUUUGGCAUCGUCUUCUCCAUUGCUGUUGCUUGUGUGUUAGCCAAAACCCUCACGGUGGUUUUGGCAUUCAUGGUGACCAAGCCUGGGAACAGCCUGAGGAAAUGGCUUGGGAAGAGGCUGGCAGGAUCCCUGAUCACCUUCUGCUCUCUCAUUCAAGCUGGCAUCUGUCUUGGCUGGCUGGCAUCCUCUCCCCCAUUCCCAGAGUUUGACCUGCACUCCCAGGACGGGCAAAUCAUAGUGCAGUGCAAUGAAGGCUCAGACAUCAUGUUCCACCUGAUUCUGGGCUACAUGGGUCUUUUGGCCAUUGUCAGCUUCUCUGUGGCUUUCUUUGCCAGGAAGUUGCCUGAUACUUUCAAUGAAGCCAAGCUGAUUACCUUCAGCAUGCUGGUCUUCUGCAGUGUUUGGCUGUCCUUUGUCCCCACUUAUCUGAGCACCAAAGGGAAAUACAUGGUGGCUGUGGAGAUCUUCUCCAUCUUAGCCUCUACUGCUGGCUUAUUGGGCUGCAUCUUUCUCCCCAAAAUCUUCAUCAUUAUACUUAGACCUGAGAUGAACAGUAAGGAGAGGUUAAUAAGGAAGAAGGAGGACCGUAGUUGA